ACAAAGAAAACAUUGUAGAGAAGAGAACCCAAGUUGCUGCAGGAAAAGUAAAAUCUAAAACCGUAGUAAAACGGUUUCCAUCAAAGCAAAACUUACGCUCAGGCAAAUUUUGUCAAGCCGACACUGUUGAAACUCCAAUCUCUCCGCAGUCAAAAUGGUCAAAUGGUUCCCUAAAAGCCAAAGCCCUCAUCUACACGGUUGCAGGUUUUCUUCUCAUGCACCAAACUAACAAAGAACUAGAAGCAGCUGCAAAAAGAAACAUGGAUUUUGCUAAACUGUUUCUCCUCCUUCCAAUAUUGCUCUCAGCUCUCAGUAACCUCGAGUAUUCCACUGCUCAAAGCUUCAACUGUAGCUCCCCGAUUGGAUGUCGUGCCCUGGUCGGCUACAUCACCGUCAACAACACCAACCUCGGUGCCAUUCAAUCUCUUUUCAACGUCAAGAACCUCCGGAAUCUCCUCGGAGCCAACAACUUACCUCUCUACACUCCACGCAACCACACCAUACCGGCACAACAAGUCAUCAAAGUCCCCAUCAAUUGUGUUUGCUACAACAACACUGGAACGUCCAGCGGGGCUCCAAUCUACAAAGUUCAAGCAGGUGACGGGCUUGACCACAUAGCAACUGAAGUAUUCUCACGGUUAGUGCAGUUCCGGCAAAUUCAAGCCGCCAAUGGCAUUCCGGAUCCCGAUUUGAUAACGCCUGGACAGGAGCUGAAAAUCCCGUUGCCUUGUAGCUGUGAUGACGUGGACGGCGAGAGAGUGGUGCAUUACGCACACAUGGUGAAGUCAGGGAGUUCUUUGGAGGAGAUUGCUCGGGAGUUUGGAACUGAUGAGGAGACUUUGGCUAAGAUUAAUGGGAUCAAAGCCGAAAAUGAGCUAAUAGCUAACCAACCAAUUGAUGUUCCUCUCAAAGCCUGCAACUCAUCAAUUACAACUGACUCGUUGGACUAUCCCUUACUUGCUUCUAAUGGCACAUACGUCUUCACUGCUAAUGGUUGUGUGAGAUGCACAUGUGAUGCUGCCAGCAACUGGACAUUAAAUUGUGAACCAUCUGGGAACAAACCAUCCAAGUGGGAUGCAUGCCCACCUAUGCAAUGUGAAGGUUUAUCCCUUGGCAGUAGUAACACUUCGGGUUGCAAUCGAUCAACAUGUUCCUAUGCUGGCUUCAACAACUCAAUCAUCUUCACGAGCCUUGUUCAGGACUCCUCUUGUUCAACAUCUUCUCCAAGCAAUGAUGUUUCAAGGAUCAGUUUGAAUUGGGACUUUCUUUCCAUUUUGUUCUUGUUUUCUUUCCAUCUUUUCCAGUAAAAAAAAUGUUGUAACCGAAGCAGAGAACUGCAAAGUUGGUUUUUUUUUUUUUUUUUUUUUUUUUGAUUUGGUGAGGCAAAUGACUUUAGUGAAAAAAGCCUUUUUAGUUGAAGAGUGGUCUCAAAAACUUGUGCAACUUUUUUCUAGAAAAAGUAGUCCAUUCUCUUUCAAUUCUGAAAAAGGAACACGUUGGCUACUGUCUUCAUGGUCCAUAUGCAUAUGUUAUUUUCAGCCUAUGAGAUUGGUUCUUUCAAGAUUUUUUAUGGAAGUGUUGGCCCUGAAUUAAUUGGAUUUUGAUGCUUAAUCUUUUAUCAGCAAUUAUUCUUGUGAAAAUUAAAAGGUUAUUCUGACAUUUGCGGAAUUCAAGGUU